CUUCCUCGACUUCCAGAAGAGGCAAGACAUCUCGUCUCGCCACGACCUCACCAAGUUUACUUUUACUUCAACUGUGUCUCAAGUCAACAUCUCAACCUGAAUUCACAUUCUCAAAUUCUCUCUCUCGAGCACAAUGGCAGUCGCCGUGACUCACGUUACCCUCUUUGUUCAUGGCCGCAUUGCGAGAGGGCAGCGCCAUGGGUGGUUCUCUUCACCGAGGUGAUGGAGUCAUGCCCUGCGAUGGUUACAUGUAAACAGAACAUUCACCUCAUGUAUCAUAGCAAAUGCCAACUUCGCCAUGUUUGCAAAGGGCACCUUGAAGGCGAUGAAUAGAAAAUUCAAGACUGCGCGCGUCCGUUUCCACCGUAGAUUUGAACCCUUGGAAGUCAUCUCUUUAUGGUUAUAGACGAAGUGAGGUCAGCAUCACUUCGAUCAUGUCAUAUCGAUCCGGAUAUAUCAAAUUCUUCUUCAGUGAAGACAUCCUAUUCCCUACUCAGAGUCACUCAUCCACGGAUUCAUAUUCCUAUCACAUCAAUCACAUUCUGUUGAGCCCCUCACAUGUACACUCACAAAUUUCACAAAUUGUGAAGCCACCGCUUUCCAGUAAAACGAUAAAUAACAGGAAGCAAAAGCGAAAGGAAAAGUAAAACCCAGAAAACACAUGAUACAAUACAUUUUGAUCCUUCCUAUGUAACUCUUAGAAACCCACAAUCUUGAUACAUUCCCAACCACUUGGAAAUCUGUCAAAUUCUGUUGACCAGAAACACAUACACACACACACAAAAUGUUGCCCUCUAUCCUCCUCUUCCUCCUCACACCGCCAACAACCCCCCAUCCUUUACACCCCUCCCCACGCACCACAACCCCAGGCCUCGCAACCCUCCAAAACGCAUGUCCCUACCCGCUGACCCUACAAAAGCUCCCCGCCCUCGCCUGCGCAACAGCCCACUCGCAGACCCUCAUCGCGCUCGCCCCAGGACAAACCUGGUCCUCAGGCAUCGACGACACGUGUCCCAGCGGCGGAAACAUCGUCGUCAAAGUGCACCAGCAAGGCAAAGAAAGGGAUGGAAAGCCGAUGCAGUUCGAGUAUGGGUAUGAGGAGGGUAGUUCGACGUUAUGGGUAAAACAACUCCCCCUGUAUCACCUCCUUUUCCUAUUCGAUGUUCUUUUUUUUUUUAAGAAAGAAUGA